GGCCCCCGCCUCCCCGGACCUGUGUCGGUGAGCUCGUGCGAGCCCGGCCUUGGGCGCUUGGCUUGCUUGUGGGGGCAGGGUGCUGCCGAUUUCCUCUGAACCUUCUCAGAGACCUCUCAACAGGUGUCAGCCCCCGAGCCCUGCGUGUCCGCCUGGCUGGCAGCGAGCGCCUCACCGCCGCCUCCUGAGCAUCUGGGACUUGAGGUCCAGAAGACAGUGAAGAUGUCGUCGAAUGAGCCUCCCCCUCCCUAUCCUGGGGGCCCCACAGCCCCACUUUUGGAGGAAAAAAGUGGAGCCCCAUCCACCCCAGGCCGCUCCUCCCCAGCCGUGAUGCAGCCCCCGCCGGGCAUGUCUCUGCCUCCUGCGGACGUCGGCCCCCCGCCCUAUGAGCCGCCGGGCCACCCAAUGCCCCAGCCUGGCUUCAUCCCCCCGCAUGUGAAUGCAGAUGGCACUUACGUGCCUCCAGGCUUCUACCCUCCUCCAGGCCCCCACGCCCCCAUGGGCUACUACCCGCCGGGGCCCUACCCGCCGGGCCCCUACCCAGGGCCUGGGGGCCACACGGCCACAGUCCUGGUCCCUUCGGGGGCAGCUACCACGGUGACAGUGCUGCAGGGGGAGAUCUUCGAGGGUGCUCCCGUGCAGACGGUGUGCCCCCACUGCCAGCAGGCCAUCACCACCAAAAUCUCCUACGAGAUCGGCCUGAUGAACUUCGUGCUGGGCUUCUUCUGCUGCUUCAUGGGGUGUGACCUGGGCUGCUGCCUGAUCCCCUGCCUCAUCAACGACUUCAAGGACGUGACGCACACGUGCCCCAGCUGCAAAGCCUACAUCUACACGUACAAGCGCCUGUGCUAGCGAAGCCGGCGGGCCCCGCCGACCAUCCGACCCCUGUGCUUUGUCCCCGCACUCAGCGGCGCUUCCCCACUCCCUUGGGGGCGGAAGCUGUCCCCCAGCCCCCUGGACAUCUUGUCCUCUUCGCCUCGCCCUACCCUGAGCAUCUGACUCUUUCAGCAAAAACUGUUGGAUUUACGGCCAGGGGUGAGCAGGUGGCGGGUGGCAGAGCCUGUGUGCCAGCUGCUGCUGGUGUGACCAGCAGGCGAGCCGGGCAGGUGUCCGCGCACGGUGGCCUUCAUUUCUGGACCAGGUAUGGGUUCGGCCCUGGCUCCCUCGGCCAAAAGCAGACGGCAGUAAUGGGUUCGCCAGGCCCGGGGCCUGGAGCCAGUGGUUUCGGACCUGCAGGCCCCAAACAGGACAGGGCCAGGAGGCCAGGUUUGCUUCUGGGGCACUAGCGGUGGGCAUGACGGUCAGAAGGAAUGGCUCUGACCCUCAGAACUCUCAGGACUCAACACCUUAUGCCCGGGGCCACCGUAGGUAAGGCCGCAACGCAGCGACGCGCAGGUACCCGGCCGAGCGACCGUGCUGUGCUUGCCGCGGAGGAACUGGCCUCUCCUGCCAGCGCCCACUCUGGCCACACCUCCACGUACCUGUCCACACUGGGGCUGAAAGAACCAAUGCCCAGGACCCUUGCCCUCUGCCACACUAGGUUCUUGCUGCCCGGUGGCUGGCGCGUCUCAGCCAGGGCUGGUCGUAGGGAGGCCUGGCCCGUGGGCUGCCUCGGUCCCCUCCCAGCGGCGCUUGCUACCCCACAGGCGCCACAGGAGCAGCUGUGGCCUUGGGUAGGGGACCAGAAGACGCAGCCCCCUGCUGGACACCAGCCCCGCCUGGGCCUGCCCCAGUCUCCUGCUGAGGUCUCUUGCAGACCCGCUCACGCGGACUGCUGUCCCCUGCUGCCGCCCCCUCCUGGUCUCGCACCGCCACUGCAUGGCCCCCCUCACUGUGAACUGUGGCCGGUCUCCGUUCGUAGUUUCUCAUUAAAUUGGCCUUUCACUCCCCCGCGCCUCUG